AGAUCUAUUAUUUGAAGCCGUCUGUUAUGGCAACAUCAGAUACAAUAGAAAAUGGCGCUUGACAGUCCGCAACAUCCAGUGAUAGCGAUGAGCCCAGCUCCUCAUCAGGGCUGUAGCACUACUAUUAGAUCAUCGUUGUCUUACCAGAUUCUACUCUUUCUUAACCAGUGGUACUUUGGAUUAUUUUUUAUUCUUGAAAUAUUUAUCUUUAUAUUCAAAGGUGAAACGCUACCCUAUGCUCCAGGAGUUUUGAGUCUUGAAGUGCUGCUGCUCUUCAUCUUGUUGAUCAUUGAGCAAUUCCGGAUUUUCUUUGGUAAAAAGGGUAACCUUACUGAACGCAUCAAUGGCGUAGCAAUGAGCAUCUUCUUGAGUCUACCUUCAUUGAGUGUAACACUUUAUCUCACUUUCUGGCAGUCCUAUGUCCUGCAGCUGGAAGUUAUUUUGACAGCAAUUGAAAUAACAUUUAUUGGUGCAGAAUUUAUAUUUGGACUUCUCUUCAUUAUUACAUUUGCAAGAGCUGCACCAUAUUGAAUUCCAGCCAUAGAAACAGAAACUCUGUGAUGAGUAAGAUUAUUUGGUAAAUUGGAAUUUAUCAAUGUAGAACAUUCCGUCCAUGUACAAAUUCCUUCAUUUCUUUCCCUGAGAUUAUAUAUUUUGUACCUCAUGUCAAUCAAUCAACUUAUGCCUUCUAAUUCAUGUUGAUUUUUAAAGAUUAUUUUGACUGAUUGGAAAUUUGUGAGAAAUUCCUUUGAAAUAGAUAAAUAAUUUCUUACAAAGUCACAAAGCCAGAAAUUUUGUGGAAACUGGUCAGUUGAUUAAACUGAUCCCCAGUAAUUGAUUGGUGCUUUAUUUUAUUGACCCCAGAAGGGUGAAAGGCAAAGUUGAUGUUGGUAGGAUUUGAACUCAAACUAUAAAAAGCCAGAGCAAAUACUGUAAGACAUUCUACCUGAUGCCCAACUGAUUCUGCCAGAAAGACAAACUAACAACUAGUAGGUAUAAAAUAAUUUAAUGGCACAUCUAUCCUCGUUUACCAUGGAUACUCAGUUCUAAAUGAAUGAGUGAUAAAUGGACAAUAGGACAUAUGGGGAAGAAUAAAUUUUGUUCUGAGGCUUCAAGUUGUCCUGAGCAUCGGGACAUUGGGAGUGCACUUUUGUGGUUCAAGCAGAAUUCUUGACUGAUUGCCAACCCAUGUUAUCAAAGACCAAUUUCUGAUAAGCGUAACAAGUUCAUAAUUGAACAUACUGAGUUGUCCUGGAUCAGUGAUAAUUGAAUUUGAGACAAACAAGGAUAGAUGUAUUAAUCUCUUUUAAAAAUUAUGUAUUUUUAUUAUUCUUCAUUCUUUUUGUAUUUCAUAACACUGUAAAUAAAAUAUUGAAUUUUUAA